CGAGCGCAGGCCGCCCGCCGAGCCGCGGGGCUAGACUGAGCGCCGAAGCCGCCGCGUUCUGCGCCCCGCGGCCGCUCGGGACAAACUCGAACGCUGGUUUCUCUCUCUCUUUUUUUUUUCCCCUUGGUCUGAAAAUCUCAGGGACGGAGGAGGGGCGCCAAGGCCCCAUGUGUGGGAGGACUGCUACAGCUCUACAAACUUGUACGGAUUUUGGUUACAACUUUGGCCAGUGGUUCUCCCCCGAUUUCCUCCGAAUUGUUGCAAAUUCGCCAUUGUUCCCUGGCUGCUUACAAAGUUGGAUCCGGAAUUUCUCUUCAACCGAGAGCCAACAGUGUCGAAGUGUCUGCAAUGAACCCCGUGAAUGCUACUGCUCUCUACAUUUCCGCGAGCCGCCUAGUGCUCAACUACGACCCCGGAGACCCCAAGGCGUUUACAGAGAUUAACAGGCUCUUGCCUUACUUCCGACAGUCCCUCUCGUGCUGCGUUUGCGGACAUUUGCUACAAGAUCCUAUUGCACCCACCAACUCCACCUGCCAACACUAUGUCUGCAAAAGUUGUAAAGGCAAGAAAAUGAUGAUGAAACCUUCAUGUAGCUGGUGCAAAGACUAUGAGCAGUUUGAGGAAAACAAGCAGUUAAGCAUCCUAGUGAACUGCUACAAAAAACUAUGUGAAUAUAUAACACAGACUACAUUGGCACGGGAUAUAAUAGAAGCAGUCGACUGUUCUUCUGAUAUUUUGGCUUUGCUUAAUGAUGGAUCAUUGUUUUGUGAGGAGACGGAAAAACCCUCAGAUUCAUCCUUUACUUUGUGUUUGACACAUUCCCCUUUACCUUCGACCUCAGAACCCACAACUGAUCCUCAAGCUAGUUUAUCUCCAGUAUCUGAAAGCACCCUCAGCAUUGCUAUUGGCAGUUCUGUUAUCAAUGGUUUGCCUACUUAUAAUGGGCUUUCAAUAGAUAGAUUUGGUAUAAAUAUUCCUUCACCUGAACAUUCAAAUACAAUUGAUGUAUGUAACACUGUUGACAUAAAAACUGAGGAUCUGUCUGACAGUUUGCCACCUGUCUGUGACACGGUAGCCACUGACUUAUGCUCCACAGGCAUUGAUAUUUGCAGUUUCAGUGAAGAUAUAAAACCUGGUGACUCUCUGUUACUGAGUGUUGAGGAAGUACUCCGCAGCUUAGAAACUGUUUCAAACACAGAAGUCUGUUGCCCUAAUUUGCAGCCCAACUUGGAAGCCACUGUAUCCAAUGGACCUUUUCUGCAGCUUUCUUCCCAGUCUCUUAGCCAUAAUGUUUUUAUGUCCACCAGUCCUGCACUUCAUGGGUUAUCAUGUACAGCAGCAACUCCGAGGGUAGCAAAAUUGAAUAGAAAACGAUCCAGAUCAGAAAGCGACAGUGAGAAAGUUCAGCCACUUCCAAUUUCUACCAUUAUCCGAGGCCCAACACUGGGGGCAUCUGCUCCUGUGACAGUGAAACGGGAGAGCAAAAUUUCUCUUCAACCUAUAGCAACUGUUCCCAAUGGAGGCACAACACCCAAAAUCAGCAAAACUGUACUUUUAUCUGCUAAAAGCAUGAAAAAGAGUCAUGAACAUGGAUCCAAGAAAUCUCACUCUAAAACCAAGCCAGGUAUUCUUAAAAAAGACAAAACAGUAAAGGAAAAGAUUCCUAGUCAUCAUUUUAUGCCAGGAAGUCCUACCAAGACUGUGUAUAAAAAACCCCAGGAAAAGAAAGGGUGUAAAUGUGGGCGUGCUACUCAAAAUCCAAGUGUUCUUACAUGCCGCGGCCAACGCUGCCCUUGCUACUCUAACCGCAAAGCCUGCUUAGAUUGUAUCUGUCGUGGCUGCCAAAACUCCUAUAUGGCCAAUGGGGAGAAGAAGCUGGAGGCAUUUGCUGUGCCAGAAAAGGCCUUGGAGCAGACCAGGCUCACUUUGGGCAUUAACGUGACUAGCAUUGCUGUGCGCAAUGCUAGUACCAGCACCAGUGUAAUUAAUGUCACAGGGUCCCCAGUAACAACGUUUUUAGCUGCCAGUACACAUGAUGAUAAAAGUUUGGAUGAAGCUAUAGACAUGAGAUUCGACUGUUAAAUCAGUGGGUCUUUAAACCUACCUCUGGUAGGGAAAUAGCUACAGUUUUACGGCAGCUAUGGUUUUGUUGGUUUAACUUGCCGGAGCUCCUGCAUAUAGAUCACUUGUAUCAAGUGUUUUCAUUGCUAAGUUAUAUGUGUUAGUGUCGGGGAAAUAGUUUGCAGAUAAUGGAGGAGUAACCCUACAACUAUAUGUCUUUAGUUCUUACAGAACCUCAUAGUUUGAGAACAAAUGCUGAUGCAACUGAUUUAUACAAAAUGAACUUUGGCAAGGAAAAUAACAUUAACCUCACUGUUUAUGGUCAUGCUUUGUGCAUAAUCAAAGUUUAUGAUUAAACGUAAGGAAGUGGUAUCUAGUCAGUCCAUAAAGAUUGUGCUCAUAUUUUGUGAAAAAGUAGCCAUUAGUUUGUUCAGGAGACUCAGUGCUGCCUUCAGAUGCCAUUGAUGUUUCUCCUGUUGAAAAGCUGAUUUGUCCAGCUCAACCUUUGUGCUGACAUAAUACCAUUUCUGAUCAUGAAAAUUGGCUACUGGUGUAUGUAGCAGUUCUUAAAUCAGCAGUAUUAUGAAAGAAAAUUUGCCCCUCAUUAGAAUGUUGAAGAAAUCUGUCUUUUAAAAGUAAAACUGAAAUUCUGUCAGACUACAGAUGUUUAGCUGUUUAUGCCACAAAACUCAGAAGAGUUGAUCCCCAUUUUUAGUUAAGUUUGACUCAUUUCUAGGGAAAAAACCAGAUCCUUCCUUCACUUUGAGCAAUGUUCUAAUUAGAUAAAUGAAGUGGAGAAGAACAAUUCUAUUCUGAAGGUAAUUGAAUUUAGACUAUGGUAUGUGACAGAAUUUUUUAAAAAAUUAUUUAAAUGUUUUAUUUAGAAAUUGGGAUUUAUUUAAAAUAAUUUUGGAAUAAUGCUCCAAAAGUUACUCAGAUUUAUGCAUUAUACCUAUUGCCAUUGGCCACUUCAAAGUGAUUUUUGUUUCCUCUGUUUGCCACAGACUUUAUUUUGAAUAUGCUUUUUUUCUUUCUUUCCUGUUUUUUUUUUUUUUUUAGGGUGCUAUUCAUUGUGGAGACUUCUUUAUAGAGGCCUAAUAAAAAUGCCUUUUUAUGAAGCCUGUGCAUUUAGGUGGGUUUGAAGCUAGGAGGAUAUUCUUUAGAAUACUCUUUUGCAUUUAAAGCACAAACUGUUUCAGUUUAAAUGCACUUCUUCCCUGUAAUUUUUGUGGGGGAGAUAAAUGAGUCACAACAUUCUGUUGAAGGGAAAUCUAGUCAGUUGCUUGAAAGAGCACAGCCCAAAUAAAACAAGGACUGACUAGGUUGUAAAGAAAUGACCUUAUGAUUUAAAAGAAGAGUUGCUGCUUUGACAGUGCUUAUUUAAAGAAAAAUACUGCUGGAAAAUUUUCAGUUUCUACUACAUUCACCAUCUCUCCUGAGAUCUGACAUAUGUUGAAGUUAUGUUUUGAUUUGGCACACAGCAUGUUCAAUGAUGGUUACUCACCUAGUACAAGACAUGGAGAAGAAACCUUUGGACACAGAGCAGAUGACACCUUCUGUUUUGUAGUGUAUCCUGGUGUCAUUUUCUGUGAAUGUGGUCAGGUAGAGUUGUUUUUGUUGUUGUUGUUGGGUUUUUUUUUUUUUGUUUU